GUUCAGGCUCAGGCUCAGGUUCAGGCCGAGAUCCACCCGCGCGCGGGAUCGCUCGCGCACCCGUCCCGUCCGGUGAGGUGAGGUGAGGCGACCCACCACCGACGCCGCGCCCGCCACCAACGGCCAAUUCGCCAAACCCACUGGUAGAAGCACAGCAACUCGCCGCCGACGUGCGCCCCGGCCGAACCCCCACCUCCUCUCCCCCUACAUCUCCUCCCCUCCGCGGCGGGAGCUCCACGCAGCUCCCCCGUGCUCCAGCGCCGCACUCGCUUCUACUCCCCGCCUCCACAGCCUCCGGCUCCUCGGCCGCCCGAUUCGGGUCGCGGGGCGCCGGGGCCGCGGGGCGGAUCAGAUCCCGCGCGGCUGGCCCGUGCGGGUUGAUCGGACGGGCGGGCGCGCGGAUCAGAUCUAUGCGCGAGAUCUAGGCGGCGAGGCGGUGGCGGCGAGCUUCCGGUGAUCGGACCCGGGCCCGGGCGGGAUGGCGUGGUGGUCGGACAAGCUGUCGCUGGGCGGGCUGCAGGACAUCGCCGGGGCCGUCAACAAGAUCAGCGAGAGCGUCAAGAACAUCGAGAAGAACUUCGACAGCGCGCUCGGCCUCGAGGAGAAGCGCGACGACGCGGACGAAGGAUCAGGAUCCCGUACAUCUAACUCUGAUGGAAUUGGAUUCUUUAAUCCUGUCAUGGCAUUCAUGGGACAUAAUGGCGAGGAGAGUUCUACGGAAGUAUCAGAAAAGCAACUAUCACCAAAACAUUCACCGGCACUAGAAGAAAAUCAUAGGGUCACCACCGAGCCACCUACAUCUGAUGCAGAUGCCUCUGAAGUACCAGUAACAACACAAUCUCCAAAGCAGCCUUCAGAAUUACAAGAAAACGUAAGCAGCUCCGCUGAGUCACAUGUAUCUAAGGCGGAUGGUUCUGAGCAGUCUGUAGCACCACAAUCUCCAACACGUUCUUCAGCAGCAGAAGAUAAGCAUGAUGGCUCCACUGAGGUACCUGCAUCUGAGGGGGGCACUUCUGAAGUAUCAGAGACAGCACAGUCCUCAACAUAUCCAUCUGUAGCAGAAGAAACUUAUAGUGGAUCUGUUGAGACCAGUAACUUAGUUGAGAAGGAAACCCAGGGUCAUCAAGACACUGGAUAUUCUGAUACUAAUGAAGAAGCUUUACUGAGUCAGCCUGGUGGGUCUGUUAGGGACAUACCUGAUGAUAGCAUGUCUUCACCUAACAAGUUCGAUCAAUCAAGUGUUAUGGGAACAGAAGAAUCUGUGGAUGCUGGAAAUGAAGUCACUGAUGAUGGGAACACCUCGCGGUCACAAUCAGCAGAUUCCAUGGUUGCCAGUUCAGAUGAUGUAAAUGAAACUAAGGUGAACAUCGUUCAAGAAGGUGAUGUCCAAAAAGAAACAAUCAGCCCACCGGAGAGCAGUGAUAUCGCUGACAAAGCCAGUCAUGGGGAAGUCAAAGUACAUGAUGGCGAAACUAAUACAGCCCAGAAUGGGGAAGAGAACGAUCAAACAGAAGCACAUGCUGUAUCUGCUGUUGAAAAUGAGGACAAUGCAACGGUGAAGCUUGAAAACGUUAGCUCAAAGUCAAUAAUUGUGGAUAAUGAUUCAGACUUGCAAAAUGAGUUGGUACCAGCUGUUGCAUACAAUCCUGUCGGUCCAGUAGAAGUUGAUUCUCAUGCAAAUGAUUCGCGAAAAGAGGAAAAAAUUCAGGACUCUGUUACAACCACAAAUUCUCUGGAAUCUGUUGGUUCUGUUGUUGAACUCGAGAAACUAAAACGUGACAUGAAGAUGAUGGAAGCUGCAUUGCAAGGUGCUGCAAGACAGUCCCAGUCCAAAGCUGAUGAAAUUGCUCGACUGAUGAAUGAGAACGAGCAACUGAAAUCAACAAUUAAUGAGCUGAAGGGUAAUAAGUCGGUUGAGGAAGAAAUGGAUGCGCUUAAGGAUGAAUAUCACCAACGUGUAGCUACUCUUGAAAGGAAGGUGUAUGCACUAACCAAAGAACGAGAUACAUUAAGGAGAGAGCAAAAUAAGAAAAGUGAUGCAGCCGCUCUUUUGAAAGAAAAGGACGAGAUUAUCACUCAGGUCAUGGCUGAAGGAGAAGAGCUAUCGAGAAAGCAGGCUGCUCAAGAAGCUACAAUACGAAAACUGAGAGCACAGAUUCGUGAGUUUGAAGAAGAGAAACAAAGGUUGAACUCAAAGAUCCAGGUUGAGGAGACAAAGGUUGAGAGUAUUAAAAGAGACAAGGCAGCAACUGAGAAGUUGCUACAAGAAACAAUAGAAAGAAAUCAAAGUGAGCUUGCAGCUCAGAAGGAGUUCUACACAAAUGCUCUUAAUGCAGCGAAAGAGGCUGAGGCAUUGGCUGAAUCAAGAGUCAACACAGAAGCCAAAGUUGAGCUCGAGAGCCGUUUAAGAGAAGCUUGUGAAAAAGAAAAUAUGCUGAUUAACACAAUUGAGGAGUUGAGGAAUGCUCUCACCAGACAAGAACAGGAGGCUGCUUUCAGGGAAGAACGGUUAAAAAGAGAUCAUGACGAUCUUCAAAAGCGCUAUCAGGCCAGUGAACUUCGUUAUAAUGAACUGGUCACACAAGUUCCUGAGUCGACAAGGCCACUCCUAAGGCAAAUAGAAGCCAUGCAGGAGUCAGCUGCUCGAAGGGAAGAAGCUUGGGCUGGUGUGGAGAGAACCUUGAACUCUCGCCUUCAGGAAGCGGAGGCGAAAGCUGCUGCCUCAGAAGAAAAGGAGCGUUCUAUAAAUGAGAGACUGUCACAAAAUUUAUCCCGCAUAACUGUCCUGGAGACCCAGAUUACAAUUCUUAGGACAGAACAGACACAGCUGAGCCGAUCUCUUGAAAAGGAGAGACAAAGAGCAUCUGAAAGUAGACAGGAGUACCUAGCAAAUAAGGAGGAGGCGGCAUUACAAGAAGGACGCGCCAAACAGCUUGAAGAAGAAAUAAAGGAGCUUAGAGCCAGGCACAAAAAGGAGCUGCAAGAAGCAGCAGAACACAGGGGUCUGCUUGAGAAGGACCUUGAAAGGGAAAAGGCUGCCAGGGCAGAACUUGAGAAAACAUCUUCCCGCGACUUACCUAAAAUUCCACUUCCAGAUCAAACAAAAAAUGCUCCCCAAAGAAAGCUCUCUAGUGGCAGUAGUAUGGAAGAAAGCCACUUCCUUCAAGCAUCAUUGGACUUGUCAGAUAGUACUUCGUUGGAGAGGAGAAUGUCUGCAGACAGUAAUAUGUCAUACUAUCUGAGGAGCAUGACUCCAAGUGCUUUUGAAUCAGCACUCCGUCAAAAGGAUGGAGAAUUGGCUUCUUACAUGUCACGCUUGGCCUCACUGGAAUCUAUUCGGAAUUCCCUGGCAGAGGAGUUGGUAAAACUGACAGAACAAUGUGAAAAGUUGCGGAAUGAAGCUGCUGCUCUGCCUGGCCUAAAGGCUGAACUGGAAGCACUGAAACAAAGACACUUUCACGCUCUAGAACUUAUGGGGGAACGUGAUGAAGAGUUGGAAGAGUUACGAAAUGAUAUUGUUGACCUAAAGGACAUGUACAGAGAACAAGUGGAUCUUCUUGUUAGCCAGCUCCACACGUUGGGCGCCCGUGUAUAGUGCAGUUGACCCAACAAGAUAAACAGUUUUGAAGGCCGAACAUGUCCCGUCAGAGUUGAGAAAACAAAAACCGCGGCGAGUGUGGGAAGUUGAUAGUCAUACGAGGGAGAUAUAUUCUUAUUGAUUUUGUGUACAUCGUGGAGAGUGGAUCUUUGUUGUGGGUCUCGGUACGUAGGAUAGUGUGUUGUAAACUAGACUGAAUAGCUCCACAGCUUUACAUUCGUUGAUGAUUUUCAUGCAAAGUUUUCCUUCACAGAACACAAGUA